AGUUACGUACCGACUUUAUUCACAGUCGUGCCGGAGAGUGCAUCGACGAAAUAACAGCACAACACAUAUACACGCAUCCCUGCGCGUUGAUUCGUCUAAAGGGUUCUUUCGUUGUUGUUUCCGCUAACGAGUACGCGAGUUAGCAUUGUUCCAGCACGAUCGACUUGUAUUACUCGGCCAAAAGAUGUAUUAUCUGCAGCUGAUCGUGCUCUGCGUGACGGUAGCCAGCGUUAUUGGUGAUCUGCCACCAGGCACACGGCGCAAUACUUACUUGCCGCCAGAGCCGACGAAAGGUUACGCGUACAGUAAGCCGCCGAUACCAUUUCCGAAACCCACGCCGACGGUGUCGUUUCCUACUUCAGGCUUUCCUGGACCCAGACCGACGCCGUCCUUCCCUACAUCUAGGCCAACGCCGCCCUUCACCGGAACCAGGCCAACCUUCCCCGGAACCAGGCCAACCUUCCCCAGACCGACACCUACCUACCUACAACCUACCAGAACUUCAGGAACUUUACCGCCGUCACCGAGCACAGGAUAUCCUAGAAUAGUACCCACACCUCCUUUCCCAGACUAUGUCCCAGACAGCAAUAAUAGAGGCAUUAGUGAUAGAAGACCUCCCGGCGGUGGUCCUGACCAUGAUCAUCAUCAUCACGAACCUGGCAUGCCCUUUGAUUUCAACUACGCUGUGAAAGAGGACGCUUUCGGCAACGAUUAUUCACACAAUGCCAUUAGCGACGGCGAAGUCGUCCGUGGUGAAUAUAAGGUACAACUUCCGGACGGUAGAACGCAACUUGUGCGAUACACCGCGGAUUGGCAACACGGUUUUAGCGCACAGGUUUCUUAUGAUGGAAAUCCUCGCUUCGACGGUGGAAAUUUCAAUCGAGGCUAUUAGCUUUAGCGUCGGGUUCUAGGGUUGUUCAAUUUCUGUUAAAUCAAAAAGACUACAGAACACAAUGUCGCAUAUACUGCAUGUAACAAUAUUUUUAAAGAUAUUGAAGAUUAGCAAGAAUGUAUCAUGAAAGUAUGAUAAUUACGUAGAAGACAAAUGUUCGCUAUAUAUUUCUUAAUACGAUACCAAUAAUAACGUAUUCAGCGUUUUAAAAUUGACGAAAAAUUCACACAUAACAUCCUUCGU